AUGGAAUCUUCCGAAACCGAGUCGGAACAGGAGGAGAUACUGAGUGAGUCUGAUGAUGAAGACCUGUACAAUUCAGGAGCAUUUUUCCAUGAACAAGGUUCCUUGACUGGGUCUGGGGUUGACCCAAAGGCCGUGGUGGAUGAUUCCACCUGUCUUGAUCCUCAAGGUGAACCACUCUUGGGCAAAGCAGGGUGGAAGGCCAAGAAAGGACUGGAUUUUUCCUUGCGCAAAUGCCAGGAUAAAAUCCUGGAUGUCCUAGGGCCAAGUGCAAAAUUUUUCAACAUGGUCGAAACAGCCUUAGCAAAGGGGACCCUUGCAGAUUUGCUAGCCAUCAGGGGGUGGAUCCAGCGGUCCAUAUGCCUAAUUGGCAUUGCCAAUACGGCAUUAUCCAUGGAGAGACGUAAGGCUAUACUUAUUAUGAUUGAACCUAAGCUAGUAAAUCUAGCUAUAUCAGAGCCAAGGUCACAGGCAAAGGGCCUCCUGUUUGGAGACAAAUUUGUGGAGGAGUUGGGCUCCUAUGUAGGGACGUUCAUGGUACUAGAUAAGGCGCAAGCUAAUACGAAGCAAGUGUUCUCCCAGAAAGUUCUCCCAGAAAGUGCACAGGGCCGGCAGAUAUCGGGGCCGUCUGCCCGCCUGUUCCUCCCAGAGUUCGUACCUGGGUUCUCGUGGCUCUGUGCACUCCAGAUUUCAGGCACCUGA